CCGUUACGUCACAGGUACGCUUUGAAAGUAUGCCGCAGCCGCAGAUCAAAGAAGAGGAAUGGAAUUGUAAACAGGGGGAAUCCACGCAACUUCUUCAGUAUAUAUCGGGCUAACACAGCUUCAGGUUCACCAGUCGUUUGUUUCAGCUGCGUGUGUUUAUUUCAUUUUUCUUUAGUUGAUAUAUAUUUAUUGCCUUUGUCUGGUGAAGGGUAAUACCUAAUAACCUAAUCAAGCGUUUUUCUUUAUGUUUUACAUUGUUGUGAUUGAGCCAAGCUCAAAGUAGAUAUUUGAAAGCUUAUACGGUUGAAAUUAAAGGUCGGACACACGUUUAAUCCCAGACCUCCGAUACCACCGGUCGUGAAUAAAACCUCUGACCGGGUAAAGCAGCUUUUGGAUCGGCUUGAGCAGUUCUGACUGACCGGCGAAUCCCUUCAUCAACACCAGCGACUGGAUAACUGGUUUUUCAUUGCGCUGAAAAACAGUUCCUGUAUAUUUACAAUAAUGGGCCUCUUCUUUACCAAAUUAAUGACCAUCUUCGGAAACCGAGAGCACAAAGUGAUCAUUGUUGGGCUGGACAACGCGGGCAAGACCACCAUCCUGUACCAGUUCCUGACGAAGGAGGUGGUGCACACCUCCCCCACCAUCGGCAGCAACGUGGAGGAGAUCGUGGUGAAGAACACGCACUUCCUGGUGUGGGACAUCGGGGGGCAGGAGAGCCUGCGCUACACCUGGAGCUCCUACUACUGCGACACCGAGAUCGUGGUCCUGGUGGUGGACAGCACUGACCGGGAGCGUCUGUCCGUGUCGCGUGAGGAGCUGCAUCGCAUGCUGGCGCAGGAGGAGCUGCGCGGGGCGGCCGUCCUCGUCUUCGCCAACAAGCAGGACGCCAAGAACUCAAUGAGCGCCGACGAGAUCUCCAGCUUCCUCACACUCGGCGCCAUCCGAGACCAUCCUUGGCACAUACAGGGCUGCUGUGCCCUCACCGGGGAGGGAUUGCCAGCCGGUCUGGACUGGAUGCGUUCUCGAGUCACCGCUAACUAGAGACAAGAAACGAGGAACUACUUUCUUGAGCUGAUGUUGUGCUACGGAAUCACAGAUAGUGUAAAGAGCCAGGCCGUCCCAGAAAACGCACAACCGGAACUACUUUCCUACACUGCGGGGCGGGGCGGGGCCGCAAGGCUGCUCUCAGGACCCGGACUGGACUGGACUGGACUGGGGGAUGUGUGUUCGAGCUGGUGUGGUGUGGGAGUCUGUCUGUAUCAGCAGAGACAGAAGCACCAGCGAUGAGGCCCCUGAUUUCUUUAGUAUUGGGGGAGACAGUUCAACGGAGUUCAGAAGCUGCUGUUCGGUAUUUACGAUGGUUUUAAAUUGUCAUCAAUUCAUUUUAUUUUUUUAAUGAUCAAAGAAACCAAUAAGCUUUUACUUGAAACUGGACGUGCCUGAGUGGGGCAGUGGGGGAGUGGGCAUGAUUUGUAUUAUUUUACUUGGAUUGUUUUUGUCUUGUUUUGAAUGAUUUGUUGCUUUCUUACUCCCUAUUCUCUCGCUGGGACCCCCUUGACAAUGAGAUGUAUAUCUCAAUGAUUCUAUCCUGGUUAAAUAAAUACAUUUGCAUUUUUAAAUACCGGUAAUAAAAAUAAUAUUUCAGUUUG